GCAGCGCGCAGGCCCGGCUCGGUGCGUGGAGGCGGUUUUAAACUGUGGCGGGUUCCGGAAUCUUGGUUGUGUGUUGCGCCGCGCAGCGAAUGGAGCCUGUCCUGAAAGGUAUUUCUGCAUUUGUAGAAGUUUGGUCAUCUAACAGAACAGAAAAUUACUCAGAAACCUUUGAACAGCAACUUCUUGAUAUGGGAGCAAAAGUUUCAAAAACUUUGAACAAGCACGUGACCCAUGUAGUCUUCAAAGAUGGACAUUUGGCUACGUGGAGAAAAGCACAGAAGAUGGGCAUAAAAAUAGUUUCUGUACUCUGGGUGGAGAAGUGUCGAGAAACUAGAGUACAUGUUGAUGAAGCCUUAUUUCCUGUGGUAGCUGCUAAUGAAUUGCCACAACCAGUCAAGAAACACAAAUGUAUGCAGCCAAAAGACUUUAUUGAAAAAACUCCAGAAAAUAAUAGAAAGCUGCAGAAAAGAUUGGACCAGAUGGCUAAAGAAUUAGCCAUACAGAAGAUAGCAGUUAAUGCUGAAAUUGAUGUACCAGUUCUACUAUUUGAAGACAAUGGUUCACUUGUAUACAGCCCUGUUAAUAAGGUGAAAGAUCAAUACAGUGCAAUGGAAAGAAGAAUAAAGGAGAUGAAGGAAAAAAGAGAAAAUAUUUCUCCUACUGCUUCACAAAUGCCUCAGAUACUUCCAAGUAGCUCACCAGGAGACUGUCUGCUGCCUACUUGUGUCUUAACUAAUUCAGAAGAUGCAUUGUUACCAGGAGAACAAAUGGAAGACUGCUUGAACUCAAGUUUUGAUUGUCUUUGGGGAGCUGAUAAAUUAAAGAGACAGAAAACAGAGGUAGUAAAACCUGCCUGUGAUAGUUGGACUGAUAAUCCUAUAGCCAUGAGUGUGUCAGUGAAUUCUCCCUCACAAAGCUAUGAGCAGACUUGCUUAACACUAAAACAAUGUAGCAGAAGCAGCUUAAGAAGAAAGCAGCUUUUUCAGCAUACUUUGGAUGAUAAACUGCAUUUAGAAAAGAAGGAUAUAGAAAAGUUCUUGAAUCAAAAUCAGGAUGAAAAUAGCAAGACUACUUCAGUUGCAAAUGAAAGUUCUCUUCUGAAAAUCAAGGGCUUGGGUCAUCUUUCUCCUUCCAAAAAUAUGGCCAGGUUAAGUAAUGUUGCUGCAGUGAUUGACAGUCUCUCUAAUGCACCUAUGAGCAGCAGAAACUUAAGUAAGUGUUCACUGGAUAGAAGCUUCCCUGUUUACAGAAACAAUUGUAUCCUUAAAGAUAAGAAGAGGAAAAAAUUAGAAAUACUGCCUAAUUUGAAACUGGCUACCUCAGAACUGGGUGCAUCAGGGUCUAAAGACUUCUGGCAAGCAUGUGGUACAGGUAGCGAGUCUGUUGGCUCUGAAGAGGCUUCUUAUGAAGAGGAUUCUUAUGAAGACUUCUUUUCAUCAUUUAACUUGAAUAAAAAUGAAGUACAGAUACAAGUACCAAAGGAGUCACAGAAUCCUCCUGAAGUUUGUUGCAAAGACUAUCUUGCAAGCACAGACUCGCUUGGUUUGAGUUUCUGUAACCCACGUAGUACUUCCAAGGAAGGUGGGAAAAGGUCUAUUUCAGCAAAUGAUCUUUCAGUAAAAAACUUAAAACUAGCUGAACAUCCUGGAAGUGUGUCAUUAAAUUAUAUGUCACAUGGUGAAAAAGAUGACACUGCAGAAACUCUAGAUUCUGGUGAUGUGAAUAGGCUGCCUCAGCAUUCUCAUGAAACGUCCUACAGAACCAAUGUGAAUUACAGUACUUACACUAAUGGUGAUGAAAAUCAAGUUUCAGAGUGUCAUGCUACUGAAGGCUCUUGCAGAAGAUUUAAUGACCAAAAGAAUAAGAACAAUGGUGGGUUAAGAAAAAAAAGAAGACUCCAAAAGCCAACAAGGACACUAGUUAUGACAAAUAUGUCUUCUGAGAAGCAAAAUACAGUAAUUCAAGUGGUGAAUAAACUCGGAGACUUUUUGUUCUCAGACGAUGUGUGUGAAACAACAAGUCAUGUAGUUACAGGGAGUCCUCGCCGUACCUUGAAUGUUAUGCUGGGAAUUGCUCGUGGGUGUUGGAUUGUUUCUUAUGAAUGGGUUCUGUGGUCUUUGGAAUUGGGCCAUUGGAUCUCAGAGGAGCCAUAUGAGCUUUCAUCCAGCUUUCCUGCAGCUCCUGUCUGCAGACUUCAGCGUCACCUAUCCACAGGAAAAUACCAGCAGAAUCUCUUUUCAAACCAGCCUGUCAUGUUUGUAUCUCCUACCAGUCAGCCACCCUGCGAAAAGCUAAUUGAACUUAUACAGCUGUCAGGAGGGAAAGUAUGUAACGCCCUACGUCAGGCAAAAAUCUGUAUAGGAAAAAAACCAGGGAAGAAGUACCAGGAAAUAAAAUGUUUAUCAGAAAAAUGGGUAUUAGAUUCAAUCACUCAGCAUACAAUAUGUCCCAUGGAAAACUACAUUUUUCAGCUGUGAGCUAACUCAAGAGUUUCCAUAUGGUUGCAGGAAAACAAGCCUAGUUUGGAUUCAACAACAAAAAAAUCAGCUGUGAAUAAAACUUCUAAGAAAAUGCAAAUUACAUAUUUAUAAAUACAAGCAAAUGUUUUCUAUAUUUUUAAUACUUGUGUAAGUGCGUCUACGUGUUCAUCUUGUUAAAUCUGUAGGUUUUUACAAUAAAGUAGUUCACUAAUAAAAAUUAUCUUGACCUCACUUUUA